GUCAAACACCAGUCAAGCAACUAAAAAGCUCCGCAUCCAGCGUGCCUUUCACCCGGGAUCUGACAGCAAAGCUCAAUGCAAAUGUGCUUAUAAGGUUAUUUCUCCCUCGCUCUCUGGCAGUUGGAUUUUUAUAUUUAAAAUGGGACUAUUUGAUGCUCUUAGAGAUUUUAGUUUAUUAACAUGGCUAAGAGAAGAAAGACAGUCUCGGAGGCUGAUUCUGUUGAUCGUUUUCAUUGCUUUGCUCUUGGACAACAUGCUGUUGACGGUGGUCGUGCCUAUUAUCCCAAGUUACCUGUACACGGUGGACGACGAGGCUGCUCAGAUGGUUAAGAAUCACUCCAUGACCCCUCUUUCUCCAUCGAGCACCUUUCAGAGCAUUGUGUCUUUGUAUGACAACACCACACGUGUGACAGGCUUCAGCCCGCAGAUGAGCACAGCUGGUCCAAUGAGCCUGGCUCCUACUUUUGUGAGCCCUCAAAACCAGUCCGACUGUCCCAAAGCAGAUGACCAGCUUCUGAACGAGAAUGUGAAAGUGGGUCUGUUGUUUGCCUCUAAAGCAACAGUACAGCUAAUCACUAACCCCUUCAUAGGACCACUAACCAACAGAAUAGGAUACCAGAUCCCAAUGUUUGCUGGUUUCUGCAUCAUGUUUGUUUCUACGAUCAUGUUUGCCUUUUCAUCAAGCUACACGCUGCUGUUUUUGGCCAGAUCUCUGCAAGGUGUUGGCUCGUCCUGUUCUUCUGUGGCAGGUAUGGGGAUGCUGGCAAGUGUUUACACAGAUGACGAGGAACGAGGAAACGCUAUUGGGAUUGCACUGGGAGGACUAGCAAUGGGAGUUUUAGUUGGUCCUCCAUUUGGCAGUGUCAUGUAUGAGUUUGUUGGUAAAACAGCUCCUUUUCUUAUCCUGGCAGUGCUGGCAGUGCUUGAUGGAGCUCUGCAGCUUUUUGUGCUUCAGCCUUCAAAAGUGGAACCAGAGAGUCAAAAAGGAACUUCACUUAUAACCCUCAUGAAGGACCCAUACAUCCUCAUUGCAGCAGGUUCCAUUUGUUUUGCUAACAUGGCCAUUGCUAUGCUGGAGCCGGCGUUGCCCAUCUGGAUGAUGGAGACCAUGUGCCCCCGGAAAUGGCAGCUAGGGAUUGCAUUUGUGCCAGCCAGCAUCUCAUAUCUAAUAGGGACCAACAUCUUUGCCGUUUUGGCUCACAAAAUGGGGAGAUGGCUGUGCUCACUUAUAGGCAUGCUGCUGGUUGGAAUCAGUAUUCUCUGCGUGCCUCUUGCAAAAGACAUUUAUGGACUCAUUGUACCAAACUUUGGUGUUGGAUUCGCCAUAGGUAUGGUGGACUCUUCAAUGAUGCCUAUCAUGGGUUAUCUGGUCGAUCUGAGGCACGUGUCGGUGUAUGGAAGUGUGUACGCCAUUGCUGAUGUCGCCUUUUGCAUGGGUUUUGCUUUAGGUCCAUCAGCAGGUGGAGCGAUCGCGCGGAGCAUCGGCUUCCCCUGGCUCAUGACCAUCAUCGGUUUAGUGGACAUCAUGUUUGCUCCUCUUUGUUUCUUUCUGCGAAAUCCUCCCGCCAACGAGGAAAAGAUGGCCAUUCUCAUGGACUCUAACUGCUCAAUGAAGACCCGCUCCUACUCCACCCAGGGCUCCAGCUAUCAAAUGGGUGAUGAUUUUGAUCCCGAAAGCCCUGAAUAGGCGUCCUCCUAACCUCCGGCCAUGUAUGUCACCCAGAGUAUCUAUUUUGUUGUAC